AUGCGAACCCGCUUCCAGGAUGGCCAGCACCAGCACCAGCACCAGCACCAGCACCAGCAGCGGCACUUCCACGACUACUUCGUCACACACCUCCCUUCCUCGUCCCUCCACCCGGAUUCACGCUCUAUGACGGGCCUCGCGCACAAAUUCCCUAGGAAAGACACAACCCCGCACACGCCCGACGGCAAGCACGCUCCUGCCGCUCACCCCUCGGUAUCUCGAAAUACGACCGUCGUGCGGAUCCCUCUGAGGAGCGCCAAACACCAUUAUGGCGUCUCCGUGUCUCGCGGGAGCAGACCGUACAACGAGGACUCCCACCAGGCCGGCGUUAUUGAGCUCCCGGCCUUCUCGAGAAAAGCGCCGACGUCCGUGACCCUGAAGAAGAAUACUGGCGAGGGCACAUCGGCCGAUGGCGCGUCUGGGGAUCCACAAGUUUUCUACUUUGGUGUCUUUGAUGGUCAUGGUGGAGCGGAAUGCAGCGACUUUCUGAGGGAGUCGCUUCACGAGUAUAUCGAAAAGGCGGCCGAAGCAUUCCAUCUCAAGUCGAGCCUGCAGAGGCGGGCGAAGAAUGAUAGUGCUCCUGCAAUCGGAGGGCUAGAUGGAGACCUACAAGAGCAGAAGCAAGGCCAGAAAGCUCUAGACGCGGUUGAAGUUAGCAAAGAUGAAGCCGACCACCAGGAUGGAAAGGCGCAGUCACCAGAUAGUGGCAGCAAACCAUAUCCCGGGGAUCCUCCCUUGAUCCAGAAUGCAGAUCAGGAGAAGAUCAAGCAGCUGGAAAGAGAGUUGACAAGAGGCUGGAAAGACCUGGUGGGCGGUUACUUCCGACGCUUCAAGCCUGCCUACUUUUCGAUCUACAGUGGCUAUCAGAAGCUGGGGGAGGAGUCGGAUCCAUUGGCGCAAAGUGGCCAAGACGUCGACUCUGGAGCCGCCAUCGAAGAAGUCAUGACCUACGCCUUUCUGAAGGCGGAUUACGACUUUGUGGCGGCUCAGGCGGCGAAGCAUUCGGAAAGUAGAGACGUCACAAGAGCGGAAAGGCCCCUGAACGAUGGUGACAUACUGGGCGAACCCUCAAAGCUCGCUGCUCACAUUGGAGGACCGAAGCGAUUCAAGGGCGGAAGCACUUGCAGCGUGGCCAUGGUAUCUACGCCGACGCCCACGCCGUUCUGGAACCCGGCAACCACGUCUUCAUUGCUCGUUGCGCAUGUUGGAGACACGCGGAUUCUACUGUGCUCCACAGCGACUGGUGCAGCCAUCCCGCUGACCACCAACCACCAUCCCUCGUCACCAGUGGAAAGCAACAGGCUUAGAAGGUAUGCUGCCUCAUUUGUGACGGACUCGUUUGGUGAAGAACGGAUCUCGGGGCUCGCCAAUACUCGAGCGUUCGGAGACAUUGCGUCGAAAAGAAUUGGAGUCAGUGCCGAACCCGAAAUCAAAAGAGUUGAAGUCGGGCCGGCCGAGUACUCGUUCAUGGUCCUGAUGUCGGACGGAGUAUCGGGGACGCUUGAGGACCAAGAGGUGGUGGACGUUAUCAAAGAGGCCAAGACCCCGGAACAGGCCGCCCGCGACGUGGUCAACUUUGCAACAGAGGUUUCCACCGAAGGAGACAAUGCCACUUGCCUCGUGGUGCGGAUGGGAGGUUGGGAACGGCGACAAGAAGGCGGACACGGGAGCCUUGGGACGAAAGAGGCGCGCGAUUUCAAGAGGCAACAAGCGUCUGAUCCCCGGAGUCGACGGCAAUAG